CUUUCUGUCUCCCUCACACACACUUCUCCCAUCCAGCUAGCUUUUGCAGAUCGAGCGAACCUUCAACACAAACCGGCCAGCUUGUUCCUCUCCUCUCUCUCUCUCUCUCUCUCUCUCUCGGUCGCAGCCAGCUAACUUCGAGUGUGAAGAACACUCACGCUAGCUAGCUUUCUCAAGGCCACAUACGCUAGCUCCGCCUCCACGCGCGGCGUACGUCUAGUUUGAUUGAGGCUGAAGAGAGUGCGUGUUUGGUAGAAGAGGCUAGCUGUUGACGAUGUCGAGCAGAAGGUCGUCGCGUGGCUCCAUCUCGGAGGAGGAAAUCAACGAGCUCAUCUCCAAGCUCCAGUCGCUGCUCCCCAACUCACGCCGACGCGGCUCCAGCCAGGCGUCGACGACGAAGCUGCUGAAGGAGACGUGCAACUACAUCAAGAGCCUUCACCGGGAGGUGGAUGACCUCAGCGACCGGCUGUCCGACCUCAUGGCCACCAUGGAUCACAACAGCCCCGGCGCGGAGAUCAUCCGCAGCAUCCUCCGCUCCUGAUCGGCAAGCAGCAGCAGCAAGCGGCACCGGCCGGCCGGCCGGCCUAUGUCGACGACGAGAUAGGCCGGGCCGGCCGGGCAACGCCCGCGGCGCCAAUUAAUCAAGCGUACGUCCUGCCGGCGCCAUUCUCCGGCCACCAGAGAGCAUUUAGCUAGGGUAUAUAUAUCUACAUAUAUAAAAUAUUUAUGUCGUAUGUCCCUCCCCAAAUGUACGAGCCACGCUUACACGCGCGUGUAUCGAUCUCUCGAUCUCUCUCUCUAAGCUCCACUCGAAGUAGGGCAUUAGCACUAGGGGCCUAAGCAGAGGCUUAUCCUCGCUUUAGCUCAUAUUUUCAUCGCUUGAUGUGUCCUCUCUGAACCCCCACAUCUUGUCUUGUUUGGUUUUUCCCUCUCCCUUCCAAUCUAUGUAAAUUUAGCUGGUGUGGUUUGGAUCGAGUUGUGUCCUCUACAGACAACCGACCGACCACUACUACCUAGAGGAAAUUAAUAUCAUCAUGGGUGUACUGCUCCAGCUUUAACUUCAAUUCAGUUGGCUACGUACUACGAGAAA